AUGUGAAGGCUGGUUUGCAGUUCUAGAGCUGGAGACGAGGGGAGCCUGCCUGAGCCCAUUGGUUUCAUGGAAAUGUGGUGAGGAGAGCGGGACUAGCUGCGCUAUAAAAGCAGCCGGUGUUUGCGCGCAGCAGCCAGAGCUUCAACAGGACUGUAUCUUCAGAGGAGGCGGCGCGCAACACAGACAACACAGGAUCCACUCUCAUAUACGCACGGCGCAGCCAUGAGCGAGAGACAAGCACCUGGAGCGACGACUGGAAACAGCAAACCACCUGCUGGCCAAGGGCUCCAAGGUCAACAAAAUGUUUCAUCUAAACAUGAAAAGAAGAGCAACCUCCCCCAGGACUUCGACAUCGACAUGGACAACCCGGAGACGGAGAAGGCUGCCGUGGCCAUCCAGUCUCAGUUCAGGAAAUUCCAGAAAAAGAAGCAGGAUGUGAAGUCGUAGAUCGUAGAUUGUAGAUCGCUGUCGCCCUGACCUUCGCCUGAUCAGGGCUUUGUCUUGCAUGUCGAUCAAACUGCACUGUUAUGAACUGAAAAGGAAGGGGGUGGGGUGGGCUUUCUGAAGGCAGAGGUGUCAGGGUGGGGUUAAUAAAUGUCUGUGUAUAAUUAGUUCUAUAUACAAAAAGAUAUAAUUCCUGGUAUAUGUAUUUAAACCUCUCCUGUGAUUUUGCUAUUUCUGUUUUUUACUUCAAAGACAUUACACAGUGCAGCUGCAGCAGCCCCCCAAUAUGUGUAGUAUUUCCUCUGUCACAUUCAGUGUAAUAUACUCAUGUAAACCACAAAUUUAAAUAGGUCUUAUCAUAAAUUGUCAAACAAUGCUUAUCUUUCCUCCAAAGCCACAUGCAUUGUUGUGAUUGAGGCUAAACCCCGUGUCACGUAUUCAUUGACAGACCUAAUCAAAAGUUUUGGGCUCCACUGGAGAUCCGUUAAUCACAUUUCCCUCAGGCUGGGUAAAAUGAUCCCCCGCUGCUGCCAGUGCUUUCACUCUCUAUGACUAAUGCUUUUAAAAUCAAAUCAGAGUCUCUAAUUUUUGUUUGGACGUAGGAGGUCUCCCCUCCACCCUGUCAGUCCCGCCUGAACAAAAACAGUCGUAAGUCUUUGUAGAGACUCUUGAUGUUGUGCUUGUGAUUCGACUCCAGUUGUGUUUCGUUCCUUCGUUCUUGUCCCGGUGUGAUUUAAAUCAUGUGUUACAUGUGUACUGUACAAGCACAUAACACUUAUGCAUGCAACCUCACUCAUGUGCUCACACACAGAGAAAGAAAUAAAGACAAUGGAAAAGAAGGA